AUGAAGUAUCCCACGGUUCAGAAUCAGGUUAGAAGGUUUCAGAUCCGAAUGACAGAGAAAGCCGACUUCUUUGAGGCACUGAAGAUGUUGAAUCUAGCCAACGUGCCUACUGAAGCACCUCGAUCUCGUCACCCAAAGAACGGACCUGUCAGUUCUCAGACCACCUCAACACACCGGCCUGCUGGCAAUGCAUCGCAACCAGUGCACGCGAUGAUUCCUCCAUUGAGACCAGACGAGAUUACGGCUCCGACUUUGGGCACAACAAGCACUGAACAUCGGAAGUACCCUCUGACUCUAUGGCCUUCGACUGCACCUGUGACUGGCUUCAAGAAUCUCGAUGCAGUUCUUCCUCCUGUACGACAACUUCCUUUCAUGGUAUCAGAGCACAACAGCACAAGCUCAGCAAAACAGAAUGCUUUAGCGACCACAUCUAUUCCAAAGCUGGCAGGUCAACCUCCUCAAAAGCUGCCACCGCCUUCGCCGAAAACGGACAAAUGUGAAGUCAGAGCACGAUCCAAUUACAUCCAGGAGCACGAAGCUACUGAUAUUAGUCACGACCGACAGAACACUGGACUCCUGUCUAGUGAGGUAUUAGAUCGAUCCAAAGCCGACGAUAUAGAUACUCAAGUGCUAUUCUCAAAGUUAGAAGCUCGCCGCUCGCGGUCCUCUAAAAAGAAGCAGGACUACGCUGCGCCACCAUCUAAAAAGACCCACCCACAACCUGGUGUUACACCACCUCCUCAGAGCAAAGGACGAAACUUCAGGUGUGACCAUUGCCGUACAAAGAAACAGAAAUGCGAUAAGCUCCCAGAUGACGUGGAAGGUCGAUGUCGGCCUUGUUUGGAUACGAAUAGGGAGUGCACUUACAAGCUCGUCUCUGAGCUCAAAAGUUUUAGCCAGACAAAUACCACUACUGGCAAUGUUGUCCUUAGCAGCAAGUCUAAGGAUACCAGUAGUCAGGCUGUGCAGCCGAAACGUGUCCUGAGAUCGAACAAGGCACUCCUUUCUCAAACCCACUCAUCUCUUCUAGAGAAAGACGCUCAAGUCAAGAGCUUCAUCGCUCCCACCGAAGCUGGAACUGUGAUCAAGAGAUCGACAGAGUCGCAUGACACAACUUUGCGAAAACGAAUCAGAACAACAGGUCAGAAAAGCGCUACAACAGCUGCAAAGAUCUCUCAGCCCUCCAAGACCACAGGACGACGACAACAAGUGCUAAAGACCUCGAAAAAAUCCGCAAAACCCAAGCCAACCUCGCGUAUCACGUUACCGUUCCAUCCCUAUUCUGACGGAACCACUACGACGGAGGAUACGGACGACCUGGACCGACCUACUCGUUCUCGAGUACCACUCGCAGAGACUCCCAAUCCUCGGGUGCACCAUGCGGUAAUUAGGUCUGACUGCCCUACGUACUCUGACUUGUCAGAGCCGCAGCACGAGCAAGAUAAUAACGCCCAAGUUGCAAAUCAGCAAUUGAGUUCUGAAGAACACCAUAGCGCUAUAGAGGACUUGUCUAGGCCGACCAAAGAUCCUCACAAUUCUCGGCCAAAUUCCCGUAACCCGUCCUGUGACAUGGCACUUUCAGCAUUCACUAAACUUGAGGAGAACGCACGCACAGAGGGUUAUGUGACAAUGCUUCGACACGCCAUUCAAAGUGACAAGUUUCUCCAGGUAUGCAAAGAUCUUGACAAAAUCUGGCAGGCACAGAUUGCUACAAGUAAGAUCUGA